GAUGAACCGUUUGCGCGCGCGAUGUUGUUGUCGCGGGCGCGAUAAUACUAAUCCCACUAUGGCCACGCCAAGACCCGCCCUUCAAUAGCAUUUAUUGGCCAGGCGUCCAGGAGAAUGCUAGGUAACGUUACCUCAUUUGUAGAGGUCCUAUCCCCUGACCAAUCAGCCUUAACCACUCGAGGUGAAAUGCCUAACCCCAACCAAUCGAGCUGCUUUGUAGGGCGGGACUUGGCUUGGCCAUAGUUCUAUGCGUCGCGGGCUAAUGAAGGUGGAUGGUGAGGUGGGCACUCAUGCAAUAAUUUGUAUUUAUUAUUUUAAUACUACAUUUCUCCAAUUAUAUAUGCGACUUCACUAAUUUUAAAAUGGUAAAUGUUUUAUUUUAAAAAUAUUUUCAUGUUUACAUACGAUAUUUUCUGCGCAUCCUCAAUUCAUGUCCUCCAUCGGACCCACCUCAAUGACGUUAGUGAUUUCGGUUCUCCGCUUGAGUAACGUUAACAGGCGUGUUAUUUUGUGAAAGAACAGCGGCUCAAGGUACGGUACCGACUGUUAAUACUUCCGGGAGCUGAUGAAUCCAGGAUGGAUAUUUUUGACGAUGUCACUCUAUCGGUAUUGGAGGCGGCCAGUGUUGAUGAGGAGGCUUUGAAAGGCCUUAGCCGGGAUGACCUGAGGGAUCUUUUUCCUGGCCCUGAACAUUUUUUCAGAAGAAAGAAACUUUGGGAUUUCAUCAGUCAAAAUUGUGAAAAUACCACGGACCAAGAUGCCAGCACUUGUAGUGGAAGUGGGAUUAUGCCCUCAACUAGUGCCAUGCCACCAUGCCAGCCUCAAGCCUCAACCCCCAUAUCUUCUGAGAAAACAAUGAAAAUGCCAGACCCUCCAGAGUAUGUGGUGUACACAGAUUCUGAGUUAGAAAUGGUGCGUAGCCAGUACUUUGCAUUGCUCUGCAAUGGAAAGGAAAAGAACUACAAGAUGUCAAAGGAGCUAUGUUGCAGACUUGUAAGGAACACAAUCACCAGCAUGGUUGCAAUCCUGCGUGCUAGUCCCAUGGGGAGAGAAGUAAGAUACCCCUCCAAAUUGGAAAUGAGAGCCAUGUCACAGAAGAUUGUCGACUAUUACCCUAUGUUACGUGAUGCUGAUCCAAAUAUGCCAUAUCUGACCAUCUACACCAAAAUGUACAAGCGACUCCAAAAUAUGAGAUCCCCAAGGAAGAGGCAGGGCUCCGUACCACAAAGAGGAGUGGCCAAGACAGCUCUCUUCAGUGCAGACAACCAAGACAUGGAGACAGAUUGGACAGACACAAGCAACUCAAGUGAUAAUACUAUACUUCUUGAGAGCAAUGAUGACAUCAGCGAGGACAACUCCAGUGCAGCAUCCCCACUACAACUACCCUCCUCUGUGCCAAGGAAGCCAAAGAGUGGGACCAAAACCUUACUGCUGCCACCUGAAUCAGCCUCAGGCUCCUCACCCAGGACUGUGAUCGCUUUACCAACCACACCUGCAAAGGAUGUUGUUGGUAAGUCCACCUCAGCACAUCUCUCAGCCUGUUAUCCAUAA